UUCUGCACCGUUCGACGCCGACACACCGGGCAUUGUGCGAGUGAAUAUCGUAUGAUUGCGUUCAGCGAUCGAAUUUAGUGACAGUGAUUUGAAAAUGGCAACGGUAUGGCAGCCCGCGGAUAUAGCUAGUGUGUGUCCAAACCAAAUCGCCCCAUUAACGCAAUGCUCGCAAACCGGCUUCAUGUUUUUGGCCUUAGUGACCCAGUUAUUUGGGAAUUCCGUCGAUAAUCAAUUCUCUUAUCCAAAUAUUGAUCCUUAUUCGGACGGGAAAACAACGGGCAUUGACAAUCAAGAGCAAAGUUUGACAGCACCGCCAUUCGGGACUCCGGCUUUAGGGGAACAGAUUCCUUUGGGAUCACCUAUUAAACCGAAUGUAGACUUCAAAACGUUCCCUGAUUUUGGGCCUUCGUUAACUAAUUUUAAAGAACCAAACAAUGGACACAAAACUACCGCACACUCAUUCGGCCCGAAUGGUAGUUACGGUAUUUCAGAAACAACUUUUAAAAUUAAUCAUGGACCGAGUUUCAAUUACAAUACGUCUCAAAAGCCUAAUACAUUAAGUGCGAAUUUGUUUUCGAACUUUGAAUCAACACCCCCAAUUUUCGACUAUAAUCUGAUCGGGCGAAGCGGUUUAUUGGACUCUAAUACAGCGGAUUCAAAGACAGUAACAGUGACUGAGAAAAUUAAAAGGAAAAACAGGAAGAAGAGGCAGGCCAUUGAAGAAUAUGAUUUCAUAGUGGUUGGCGCGGGCUCAGCUGGAUGUGUGAUCGCAAAUCGUUUGUCUGAAGUCAAAAAGUGGAAGGUAUUGCUUCUGGAAGCAGGCCCUGAAGAGCCAGAUGUUACAAGUGUUCCUGCCUUCGCUCCUACACUAGGUGGCUCUAGUAUAGACUGGUCAUAUAGAACACAACCAGAAGAAUUGACUUGCAGGGCACAACUCGGUCAAACUUGUCGUUGGAUUAGAGGAAAAUCAAUGGGAGGUUCAAGUGCUGUCAAUUACUUGCUAUACAUAAGAGGUAACAGAAGAGAUUACGAUUCAUGGGCAGAAGCAGGAAAUCAUGGAUGGAGUUACGCUGAGGUGUUGCCGUACUUCAAAAAAGCUGAAAAUAAUCAAGAUAUAGAAUCUCAUGAUUUAUAUUAUCAUUCUACAACGGGACCUCUUAAUGUAGAAAGAUACCAGUAUGUAGAUGUUAACACUAUGAUGCUAGUCCGUGCUUUUAAUGAAAAAGGAUUACCAAUAAAAGAUUUAAACGGUGCAUCUAACUUAGGCACAGAUAUUGCACAGUCCACUUCUAAAGAUGGACGUAGAUUUUCUGUUAAUACAGCUUAUAUCAGGCCUAUACGCCAUAGAAGACCAAAUCUACACAUAGUUACCGAAGCAUUUGUGACUAAAAUAAUGAUAGAUCCAUUUACUAAGACUGCAUAUGGAGUACAAUAUGUAAAAAAUGGUAUAAUUUAUAAUGUAAGAUCCAGAAAAGAGGUAAUUUUAAGCAGUGGAUCAUUAAAUUCGCCAAAAGUUUUAAUGCUGUCAGGUGUUGGACCAAAGCAUCAUUUAGAGUCUCUAAAUAUACCUGUAUAUUCCGAUCUUAGAGUCGGAGAAAAUUUGCAAGAUCACGUUACCACAGAUGCUCUGAUUAUUUCAUUAUCUAACAAAACCUCCACAGCAGUAAGUGGUAAUCAACUUAUGCAGGAGGUUUAUAACUAUUAUCAUCAAUUUCCUAAGAAAAAUGGACCUUUAGCAUCUACAAGUACUUUAAGUGGUACAGCAUUUAUCAAAACUGAGUUUGCUGAACAAGAUGCACCAGAUAUACAAUUUCAUUUUGACGGUCGUAACAUAAGAGAUUUUUAUUCAGAUCCAACUACGUAUUUGGCUAGUAAUAUAUUCCCAUUAUCUUUUUAUGAUGGAAUUUCUGCAAGACCUUUAUUACUUACACCUAAAAGUAGAGGAUUUUUACUUUUAAAUUAUACUGAUCCUGUUUUUGGUCAACCGUUAAUAUAUAGUAAGUUCUUUACUGAAAAACGGGACAUAGAUACUUUAAUUGCUGGUAUCAAGUAUGCUGUAAGUUUAGAAAAUACAGAGGCGUUUCGGGCUAGCGGUGCUAGUUUUAUCAAAAUUCCUGUACAGGCUUGUGCCAAUUAUAUUUGGGGUACUUACGAAUAUUUCAAGUGUAUAUUAAUACAAUACACCUCAACGAUUUACCAUCCAGUAGGCACUUGUAAAAUGGGACCAAAAUGGGACAAUGGUGCAGUAGUAGAUUCAAGAUUGAGAGUGUAUGGGAUAAAAAAUUUAAGAGUAAUUGAUUCUUCUGUGAUGCCAACGAUAAUUAGAGGUAAUACAAACGCACCUACUAUAAUGAUAGCUGAAAAAGGAACAGAUAUGAUAAAAGAAGAUUGGUUGCUCCCAUUAUAAUAUACGUGAUCUAGAUAAUUUUCCGCUUAGUUUAUGGGAAAUUUAUCACAUGUUUCUGCGGUAAUUUACUGUAAUCACUUCUUAUUGCUCACUUAUAUAAUAGAUAUAAUACAAAUUGUUAUGAUAAGAACAUUUAUACCAAUGUCUGUUUGUUAGCAUUAAUCUAUCACAACAAAUCGAAAUUUCUGAAUAAUUAUUCAAGUUUAAUUAUUAAGUUUAUUAGGCAGUUUUGGUUGUGCUUUGAUUAAUUAUAUAAAUCUUUAUUUUUCAAUUUGUUAUAUAUAUUAAAAAUAUAAUAUGUAACUGACA